CUGCCCUUUCGGUCCAGACAAGGCUCGUUGCUCUUGCGGCCAUGUCCCAGCCAGCAAUCCUCUGCCAGAGCACCACAUGUCCCAACGGUAAUCCGCCUUCAAAGCUGGAAUGUCCGACCUGCAACAAGCUAGGCAUUCGCGGCUCCUACUUUUGCGGUCAGGAAUGCUUCAAGACUGGAUUGGACCCAUCAAUUGGAAAACACACAAAAUCAUUCAUACCCUUGCUGCCGCAAAGGACGCGGCUGGCGAUGCCGUAGAAGAUGGUUCGUACAACCCGUUCCCAAACUAUGAAUACACCGGCUCCAUGCGUCCCAUGUAUCCCCUCUCUGCAAAAAGAAAAGUCCCGGAUCACAUCCCCCGACCAGAGUACGCUGACGACGGAAAGCCCAUGGCCGAAGUUAGGGCUGCCGGCCAACCUCCGAAAAUACUCUCCAAGGAGGAACAAGAUAAGAUGAGAACGGUUUGCAGGCUGGCUCGAGAGGUACUGGAUCUCGCUGCUUCGCACGUCAAACCCGGUGUUACGACAGACGAGCUAGAUGAAAUCGUCCACAACGCAUGCAUCGAGCGCAACGCGUAUCCAUCACCUCUGAAUUACCGUAACUUUCCAAAGUCCGUCUGCACAUCUAUUAACGAAGUCAUCUGUCAUGGGAUUCCCGACAGACGGAAACUCAAGAAUGGCGAUAUCAUAAAUAUUGAUGUCACUCUGUACUAUAAUGGCUAUCACGGAGAUCUGAAUGAAACAUACGCAGUAGGUGAAAUAGAUGAGGAUGCCAAAAAGCUCAUCCGCACCACUCGCGAAUGCUUAGAUGAGGCCAUCAAGCUCUGCAAGCCAGGUGCUUUGUUCCGUGACUUGGGAAAAAUCAUAGAACCCAUUGCGCGUUCCAACGGUUGCGCGGUGGUGCGAUCCUACACGGGUCACGGAAUCAAUGACUUUUUCCACUGUUCUCCAAAUAUACCACAUUAUGCCAAGAACAAAGCCGUCGGAACUAUGAAGGCAGGCAUGGUUUUUACAAUAGAACCCAUGAUCAACUCGGGUCACAACUGGGGCGACGUUCAUUGGCCUGACAACUGGACCGCUACGACCGUGGAUGGGAAGAAGAGCGCGCAGUUUGAGGAUACCCUCUUAAUCACAGAGACCGGUGUAGAAGUCUUGACGGCGGGAAAGAAACGGGAUCUAUAACAGCCUCUAGAACACUUUGGUUUGUCUCUAUCGUCUGCCGACUGAACAGAACCACAUGGCUGGUACCUUUUUUGAGUCU